AUGUCACAGAAAGCUCUUGGAGAGUUCUUCGGUCCUCGCACAGUUUACUUCGUGAUUGGCAAGGUUUACCAGAAAGGACACUUCGCCAAUCGGAUAGUCGAAUGGUUUGUCCGGCGCGAACUCCCCGUCGUCCCUGUGUCCCCUCAUGGAGGUGCCAUGACAGUUGCAAGCAAUGCCGAGCGUACGUUGCAGAUCCAGCCCGACCUGCGUUCCGCGAUAGAUGCCCUUGCGGGCUCGGACUAUGAGAACGUCAGCGUUGUAUUCGUAACGCCACCCGCAGUAUCUUUGACGCUGCUAUCGGAGCUGCGCGAGCUCCGCCUGCCAUUGCGCGGCGUCUGGUUCCAGCCCGGCGCGUGGGACAGCAAGUGUACUCAGUAUGGCGAGACUGGCCUUGGACUUCCCGCGAAUCGUGUUAUCACAGACUGUGUGCUGGUCAACGGCGACAUGAACUACCAGCGGAGCCAGGUCAAGCUCUAG